AUGCCUCGAUUUCAUUGGCUCAUUCUACUGCUCGGUUUGGUGCUCGAACAGUGCUCAUCGGCUGAUCACAAUUGCCCGAUGGCCUGCCGGUGUGAUGAAUCGACAAGUCAGAUCACAUGUGAGGGUCCGCUAGUUGUCACACUACCUGAUCGAUUGCCGUCUGGAUUUGAGACGCUUAUCUUCCGGAAUACUUCGAUUCGAGCAAUCGAGAAGAACUCGUUUCGCAAAAUGGAUCGACUAAUCACCAUCGAAUUCAUCUCGAAUCCUCAUUUAAGCACAAUCGAGAAGAUGGCAUUUAAAGGUCUCAAAAAGCUUAGACUUUUGCAUUUUGACGGUUGUCGCGAGCUGACGCAACUGGAGAAGAACGCAUUCGCUGGAAUCGCCAACCAGAUGGGAUUGAAGAUCAUCUUCGAGAACACGCCGAUUCAUCGAAUUGAUGGGAUGGCUUUUAGAAAUGCUCAAAACAUCAGGGAACUCUCAAUUUCGGGUCAAGAUCUUGCUCUUUCACGCCAUUGUUUCGCUAACAUCCAUCAGCUCGACUUUCUCACAAUCUCGGGUGUUGUGCUCAUCGAGCCGGAGAUUUUCACAAACUCGACGCGUUUUCACAUUGUGCACAUCAAGAACUCGAAUUUCGACAUUCCGCCCAACACGUUCAGCAGUUUGUCGCACGUCUCGCAUCUGCUCAUCGAGCACUCGACGAUCGCUUCGAUUGCACCUGACGCGUUCACCGGAUUGUCGACGAUUCAAAUCAUCGAAUUGCACAAGAAUCGCCUCGGGACCAUUUCGGCGAGAGCAUUCGCCAAUGUUGAGAAUUUCGGCGAGCUCAAGCUUGUUCGCAACACGAUAGGCGAACUUGAUACUUCUGAAUCAAUAUUCUCGAAAGCUCUGAAAUUGCGUGUCGAAGAGAACACCGUAGAAUGCAAUUGCAGUCUUAAAUGGAUGACAAGUAUUGAGGAAAUGUCCGACGAAAACUUCUGCUCAAUAUCAGCCUCCUCCCGAUCGAUUCGCUCGUUCAUCAAAGCCAAGUGUCAGCAAAAAGUUCGCACAAGUCAACAGCCAAUCUCAACCAGCUCAAUUCCUUCGAUUCUAGGCGCAUUUUUCCUUGUUCUAAUACGGUUAUUCUAG